AUGGGCCAGGAAGAUCCCGAGCACACUUGGUUCCAAUUGGAACUCCUGGCGGCAGAGACCUCCUGCCGCAGACAGACCAAGCACAUGGGUGGGCCCGCGCAUCGCCGCCGCGAGGCUGUGCCAACUGGAGCAGCCCGAAGCCCGGUGCGGAAGGACCACGGUGUCGGAAGCUGGGACGUGGAAGCCAAACUGGAAUCAAAUGCUGACUACUCCUGGGCCCUGGCCCUUGUGCCCCUAGAGUGGGGACUCUACCCUCUGGCUCUUCUGUGCAGAAGCAGGAGCCCCCAGCGGAGCCCCUGGCAGGGGCCCUGUGACGGGAAGUCCCUGCUGGGACCCCAGCCCUGCCAGUGCGGGUGGGGCGUGGUGCCAGGUCCUUUCCGAUUUUCACUGGUUGACUUUGCCCCUUUCCUACUAGGAGCUGAUGGCGUGGCCGGUGGAGGUCAGGCAGACAGCAGCGCCCUGCAGCGGCCCUGUCCCCUUCUAUUGACCUCCCAGAACCAGGCCCGCUGGCAGGAGCGCAUCCAAAAGGAGGCAGCCGCCCGGGUUGCCUGGAAGAUCAAGUAUGGCCACGAGUACCGGAAGGAGGGGACUGUGCCCAGGAGGCAGCUGCAGCAGGCCCCAUUCAGGUCAGCCUUGGUAGCGGGCCCGGCGCCUGCCACCGGCCACUUUGACUACAAGGAGGUACAGGUCGGACGGCCGGAGACCAAGGGGGUCCGGAACCAGCUGUCCGGGGCAGUGGGUGUCCAGGGUGCCCCAUCCGAGGGAGACAGAGGAACAACUCAGGGGCCAGCAGGCCAGACCAGGCCAGAGGGCUUAGAAAUGAGGCAGGCCCCCCCAAGCACCCUGCAGCUGCUCUUCCAAGGCAUCUCCCAUGACGGCCAAGGCCGGGCCCUGUACCUCCGGGAGCGGCAUCGGCAGAAGCCAGAGGAGAAGUUCCGGUACCCGAUCGUAUCAUCCUGGGAGUACGGCUGGCACGUGGGAAUCAGCUGGUUAAAAUGCAGGACGGAUCCAGUGUGGGGAGGGAAAUGCCAUGCUCCCAGCGGGCCCCAGAUGGUACUGCUGCUGCCCCCCGUGGGCCACACCUUGAGCUCAAGGGGACGCCAUGAAGCACACCAAGGUUUCAGCGUACGCCAAGGUCCAGCCCAUCACAAAGGCGUUUUACAUCAAAAGUGACAUCUUUCAUUUCCCACGGCGGACAGACCAGCUCAUGUGAACCCAGCUGGGGAAGGGGCCCUUGAGCCACUCCUUUACUGCACCCAGGGCCCAUCGGGACCCUCCGGGGGAAGACUCUGCCGGCCAGACCCACCCGCACUCUGCCUGCCUCGCCGAGUGUGACCGUCACGCAGGUGUGCCUCUGGGAUGAAUUGGUGGCCCAGCCUGCUGGCUCACUAUGCUCCAUCGCCAGCAAGGUGUGGGCAGGGGGGCUCCUUUCCUGGGGGAAACUAGGGGUCUCCAAGGGCUCCAUCCGCAGAGCUGGGGCAGGGACGGGGUUUGCUGAGUCCUUAAGGUGCUGAGGGGGAGAAUGUCUCCCUGCUUUUUAUUUCUCUGCAUGGUGUUGAACGGACCCACGGCAGAGCCGCUUGGUCCCAGUGUAUCCCACCGUUUAGGGAAGAAGCAGUUUCCAUUUUGACUUACUGCCUCUCUCCUCCCAGAACCUGUAUCAGUCAGGCUUGCCUCACUGCUGCGACAAACAGCCCCUAAAUCCCUUUAUUGCUUAAACCAAUAAAGAUGUAUUUCCUAC